CAGUUUCAACAGUUUAUUAUUUCAGGUCUCAUAUUAAAUCAGGAAGAGUGCAAUCAACAGUUGCACUUAUUGGUUGCCAUUGGUUUGGAAAGUUUUAAUUGUAUGUUUAUGCCAUGUUGACAUUGCGUUCUGACGUAUUCAAUUGAUGGGAAUAACCUGGCCAGUCCUGUUCGGUCAGGGCGACGCUCCGCCCUUCCAGGCGGUACAGUCGGUGACGGCGGAUAAUCGUAAACACUGUGUUCUUACAACCGCGCAAGCUACUGCACCUACUUCUGAAGCGGAGAAUAAUAUUUACUUCAAGUAGUUCACCGGAGCGUUAUGGAAACCAGACAACAAGAGACAUAUGACCGGCCCGAGGCCUCAGAUUUUCUCCCCUCGUCUUCAGAACACACUAAUAGAAAUCUUGUGACCGGAGGUAUUCCGCUGCCGACAGGGCAGAGCAAAGCGGCCCCAACUUUGUAGUAUUUCCCAUCAGUAUGAAUAUCAUCUUUGCCCUAUCUUCAAAACCAGAUGGAUAUGGGUUUGUUUUUCAACCCCAAAAAUGCAAUAAAUCUUUACCUACAGCCCCAGAUCCCCAUCUCUGAAUGCUGCUGCACUUGGCUUAUCAUGGUGACUAAGGAUGGGCCAUGGAGUUUGUCAUGUCUGCAUGCAUGCGUGCAUGCAUGUGUAACUUAGUGCUCUUGUCUCCCACCCCGCUGCCAUGCCUGUCGUCCUCCCAGAUCUGUACUCCAGUGUUCUGGGGGAGGCGGUGGUCGGGGACUGGGGCGAGGGCCCUGCUGGGGAGGACUGGGGUAAGAUGUCCCUGUCUGAGGACUGGGUCAUGCCCAGUCACUAUGACAUGCAUCUGGAAGCUGCAGAGAGGGGACACCUGAGAACAGGUCUGCUUGAUGCAGAGCCUCUCAGGGAAUCGGAGGAGGACAACAUGGUGUCAGACGUGGACCUCAACAACACUGUGACCGAAGAGGAGAGGGAAGAGAUCCAGCAGGAGCUGGCCAAGUUAGAGGAGGAAAUCUCUACUCUGAGGCAGGUCCUGUCCUCCAAGGAGAAGCAGCAUGCAGAGCUCAAGCAGAAGCUGGGCAUCACCCCCCUCAGUGAGCUGCGCAACAACUUCAGCCGCAGCUGGUACGACAUGCAGACCUCCACCGCGUACAAGAAGACGUCAGAGACCUUCAGCACAGCAGGCCAGAAAACCUCUGCAGCGUUCAACAAUCUGGGGUCUGCCAUCAGCAGGAAGUUUGGAGACAUGAGAUCAAAUUCUAUAGGACAUUCUAUGAGCAUGCCUACCAUGAGAAACUCCCCCAGCUUCAAGUCCUUUGAGGAGAAAGUGGAGAGCACCGUCUCCAACAUAAAGACCAAAGUGGGCGGGACCGGGGGGAGCUUCGAGGAGGUGCUGUCCUCAGCAGCCCACGCCAGCACCCAGGACACGCCCUCCAACCACCUGAUUGACAGCCCAGAAGAGACCCGCUAGACCAACCACUUGCAAGACCAAACACCAGACAACCCAGAGCAGGCAAGGGAUAAAGCCCGGGGUGGUUGGGACUAUUUGGGACUAUUUGAAAUCUUUCCAGUUACUGUCCAUGACUACUGUCACUGCCCUUUAAAACUGACUACUGUUACUGUCCUCCAACACUGACUACUACUUACUUGUAGUUACACUACAGUACACUACAGUAUACCACAUAUAUUGUAUGUUACCUGUUAUGGUAUAGUGUAUGCUGUUAUAUUAUGUCAUAUACUGUACCAUAGAGUCUGCCUGGAGUGUGUGGUGGGCCUCGUCUGUCUUCGUGGGCAGAGCUCACUGGGUACACCCUGCCAGACCAGAUCAAUCAAGAGCAGAAAAGUGAUGCUGAUUUCAGAUGGUGAAAGUGCCAGAGCUGGUUCCCUCUUUACUCUUAGCUAGGAUCAACAUACCUUCAUUCUAUAGCUCAGACACAACUUGGUCACACUGUAGGAAUAUCAGACUUCAAAAACACAUGAGGUACAGCUGAUUUAGGUCACACAGUAGAGUGAGGCCAGUAGAAUAAUCCUGAAAGUGCUGACUUGGUGGUAAAUCAAACAGACCUGUAUUAGAACAAUAUUCGGAUGUAGGGAGGAGCUGACUGUAGAACAGAGUCACAGGAACGUAACCACGGAGACCUCAGGCUUUCCCCUGAUCCCUGCCCUAUUCAGAUCCAGCUGUCUGCUGCCUCCCUCUGGCCUUCAGGUGACACUGUACUGGCUGCUUUGAAAAAAACAUUUAGGCCCAGUUUCCCAGACAUGGAUGAAGCUUGGUCCUAGCCUCAAACUUUUUCAAUGCAGAUCUUCAUUGAAUUACUUUAGGACUAGGCAUAAUCCUUGUCUGGGAAACUGGGCCAUACACACUCAGAGCUGUUUUCUAUUCUCCUGUCCCUGUAUUUCAAACAGUCUGUCAGUCUGCCCUGCUAUAGCAGACAUCUACCUAGUGUACAUGUUUAGCUGUGCAGAUAUACUUGUACUUAAUCAAAACAUGAUUUUUAUAACAGUCAAACUGUUUUAUUACCUUUAGUAGAGCUACUGACUUUUAUUUGUACGUGUUUUUAAGAAAUGCCCAAUGAGAGGCCAGUCUCAUCAUCGCUGGGGAUCAUGCAGGGGUCAAAGGUAAUGUUAGGUACUAAUACUUGAACUGUCACUUGCAAAAGGUGUACUCUGCACUGUGGGGUAGGGGCCUGAACUAUAAUGUCCUUUAUUAACACUAUAAUAUUAACAUGUAAUGCAAUUCCUGCCAAUCAAAUCUUACAUUGGGAGUAUUCCUAAGGAUUAUUAACAAGAACACGUGGUCAUUUCAGUGUUCAGUUUUAUCAAACAGAACAGUUGCACUAUUUUGCAAGUGACAUCAAAACCAAAAUGUUUUCGUUUUUAAGAACUAUUUAUAAUAACAAUUUAUGUAAAAAGUACCCCACUAAAGUUAUGACAUUGUGAACCGUUUUUUUUCUGCAACUCUUAACAUUAAUAAAAUAUUUGUUCAAACCAA